AUGGGCUCCACGAAGAAAUCAAAGAAGCAAGGGUCUUCGGUAACGAAAAAUCUGACCAAAGGUGAUACUGCAGAAAAACAAAGGUUGAUUGAAGAAUUGAGACAUUUCGAAUUGCAGUAUAAAGAUGAGUUCCCAAGACCUUUUUAUUUAUCAACUUUGAAAAACGUGCCAUUUACGAUUAACACAAAGGACUUGAUAAACUUGGGGAUAUUAUUACUAUUGUCGCUAUUUGCCAGAAUGUAUAAACUCGAUUUUCCCCCAAAAAUGACUUUUAAAGAGAAGAGCAGUGUGAUUGGAAUUGUGAAUUAUUUGCAAAAUCAAUUCUAUAUUGACUUAUAUCCUCCAUUAGUGAAAAUGGUGUUUGCAUUUGUGGUAUCAAUAUUCGGAUUUGAUGGGAAUCUUUCAGAAUUUGAGAAUUCUCCAGAAUUUCCUCCAGAUUUUCCAUUUUUGUUGUUAAGAUUUGUCACUUGUCUCCAAGGGAUUUUCACGGUCUUUAUGACAUACUUCACAUUGAAGAUGGCUGGUUGUGCCUUAUAUACAUCUCUUGCCGCAAGCAUUCUCUUGUUACUUGAUCCUGCAAAUAUUGUUAUCUCUAAAGUUUUUGUUAUUGAACCUUUCUUGAUUAGUUCAAUCUGUUUUGUCACUUUAUGCUAUGUGAAACUUGGUCAAUUGAGUAUUUUCUCCAGAUCAUGGUUCAAGCUCUUUUAUUUAUUGGGAUUGGGAUUGGGAAUCACCUGCUCAAUCAAAUACACGGGAUUCUUAACCCUUGGGUGGAUUUUGGCUUUGCAAUUGAAAAAAACAUGGCUCGUUAUGGGUGAUUUAACCCUUAAAAGCCAACAGCCACGGUUCUUAAUAAAAUACUUAUUCGCACAAUUUUUUUUUGUGAUAAUCGUCCCAUUAGCCAUAUUUUUUUCGAUCAAUAUUUUAAGCUUGCGGUUAUUAUCAAAGGUCAAUUCUGUUCAUGAUGAUCAAGGUUACUCAUUGAUGAGUACUACUUUCCAAGGUAAUUUGUUGGGAAACGAUUUAGGAGUCGCGAAGGAUAAGGAGUUCGGUGAUAUUCCUUUAAAUAUUCUCUAUGGUAGUAGAGUUACAAUUCGCCAUUUAGAAUCUCUUGGUGGCUAUUUACAUUCUCACGAGAAAAAUUAUUCCUCAGGAUCUCACGGGCAACAAGUUACGCUCUAUAACUUUAGGGACGAGAACAACGAAUGGAUUAUUGAAUAUAAGUCAAAAAAAUUGAACGCUGAUCUAUAUUCGAAAAAAAAAUUUGUUUCUGAAGGCCAAAUUAUCAGAUUGAAACAUGCUACCACUGGAAAGUAUUUACACGUCAGUGAUAUCAGAGGUCCAGUUUCUGAACAAGAAUAUCAUUAUGAAGUCAGUGCUAAAGGCGGUGAAGAUUACCAAUCUGAUAGUGAGGAUACUUGGUCCAUUAGUUAUGAGAUCAAUCAUUCUGAUUAUAGAAUCGACAAUGCUCCUGGCGAUAGUAUUAUCCAUCCUAUUGGCUCAGUCUUCAAGCUUUGGAACAGAGCUCAUAAGUGCCAUUUAUUGUCUCAUGAUAUUACCUUGCCAGAUUGGGGGUCCAAUCAACAAGAAGUUGUUUGCGUUAAAGAAGCUUCUAAGACCAAAUCCUUAUUUUACGUUGAGAAGAACUCCCAUCCAUUACUCGAUAACAAUGUGGAACAGUCUAGAGUCAAAAUUCAUAAAUUGAACAUGCUAGAAAAAUUCAUUGAAUACUGCGAAUCGGUGGUAAAAUAUGCUAAGAACCGCAAUAUGUUUAUUGGAGAUGUUCCAACCAUGACAUCACCUGAGGAAUGGCUCGUGAGUGACAACUCUCUUUUAUUUUUCCAGAAGCCUCAUUCAAUCAAUUUGAGGUUCUUUACAAGUUUGAUUGUCCAGUAUGCUGGUCUUGCUAUAAUAGCAAUCUUUAUUGUGUUAAAUGUGGCACUGCUCAUCAUCAAUUUGAAAUGGUAUGGUAAUAUGCUUCUAUCCAGUGCUCAACUAAAAUCGGAGAGAGACUCUUCUAAAUUAACCCUUCAGGAGGUCAAGGAAAAGCUUGCCACUCUAAGGUUCAAUCAUUACGUGCUCGACUUUAUUUUGGGUUGGGUUUUCCAUUACGCACCAUUCUUGCUUUUGGGGAAUACCUAUAUGUCUCAUAAUUACUUGUCAGCAUAUUUCUUCUUGUUCUUGAUAUUAGGACAAACAUUUCAACUUCUAUUGCAAAAAAGCAAGGUUUCCUACGGAAUCGUCUCAAUAUUUGCAUUGUACGUUAUCUCUUCCUCCAUGAGGUACAGGGCAGAGAUUUAUGGAAUUCCACAUUGA